AUGGCGCUCAACAGCGGCGGCGGGUCGACCUCGGUCGCCCGCGUGUACGCCGACGUCAAUGCCAACAUGCCCCGCGCCUACUGGGACUACGACAGCGUCAACAUCUCGUGGGGCGUGCUCGAGAACUACGAGGUCGUGCGCAAGAUCGGCCGCGGCAAGUACUCGGAGGUUUUCGAGGGGAUCAACAUCGUCAAUUACCAGAAAUGCGUUAUCAAAGUGCUCAAACCCGUUAAGAAGAAGAAGAUAAAACGCGAAAUCAAAAUCCUCCAGAACCUCUCAGGCGGGCCCAACAUUGUGUCGCUGCUGGACGUGGUGCGCGACAACCAGGUUAGUGACGGCUCCGACUGGGUUGGCGAUUGGAGCAAAACUCCCUCGUUGAUAUUCGAAUACGUCAAUAACACCGACUUCCGCAGCCUAUACCCUAAAUUCACCGACUACGAUGUGCGCUUCUACAUCUUCGAGCUGCUCAAGGCGCUCGAUUUCUGCCACAGCAAGGGCAUCAUGCAUCGCGAUGUGAAACCGCACAACGUUAUGAUCGACCACGAAAAGCGGAAGCUUCGUCUGAUCGACUGGGGUCUUGCUGAGUUCUACCACGCCGGCACUGAAUACAACGUUCGCGUUGCCUCGCGAUACUUCAAAGGCCCCGAGCUGCUCGUCGACUACCAGGAGUACGACUAUUCAUUGGACAUGUGGUCGCUGGGUGCCAUGUUUGCGUCCAUGAUCUUCCGGCGCGAACCAUUUUUCCACGGAAACAGCAAUUCUGACCAGCUUGUCAAGAUCGCCAAGGUCUUGGGAACCGAAGACUUGUUCGACUACCUUGACAAGUACGAUAUUGAGCUGGAUGCACAAUACGACGAUAUCCUAUCGCGGUAUCCGAAAAAGCCGUGGCACUCGUUUAUUAAUGCCGACAACCAACGGUUCGUCAGCAACGAUGCCAUUGACUUCCUUGACAAACUCUUGCGAUACGAUCAUCAGGAACGGCUUACCGCUAAAGAGGCAAUGGCUCACGCCUACUUUGCGCCCGUCCGGAAUGCCGCUGCGCAGAAUCACAGCGCGAGCUCGUCACAUUCAUGA